AUGAUCCACCCCUUGCGACAUUCUGGGGAGCAGGGUUUAUUCAUACCAGCCUUUCAUCAGGAAGGGACACUUGCUUUCCGCGACAGAGAAUGGGUCCUGAGACCAAAGACAGGCUUUAAGCCGGGUAGUCCUGUACAGUAUGAAAUGGAGCCGUACCAGCUGCCGGACUUUGGAGUCGAUUUCAAAUUGAGACCAUCCACAGGAAACUCGGCCGAACCCAGCACGCCAUCUCCUCACGGCGUCCCCAAACCUACGGCACCUACAAGAUCCAAACGGGAUGUGACUGCAUACAACGUGGACGUGCUCGCCGUCAUCGACUACAGCAUCUAUUCAGAAUAUUUCGACAGGAGCCAACUGGGAACGGCGGCACUAAAACGAGAUGAUGCUUUGACAGAAAUACGAAAAUAUUACGCCCACAUAAUGAAUGGGAUCGCACUGCGGUAUGCAGACAUUGACGUCAGUGAUAUGGAUCCGCCUAUUGUCGUGAGGCUGGUUGGCUAUUUCGUCGCGGAGGACGCAACGACGGCGGUAUGGACUGAACCAUACAAGGCCUUUGACCGCACCGAAUACAUUUACCACGUCGACGUCGACUUGUCCAUUGACCGUCUGAAGAAAUGGCGGCUGGAAACAGCGUUGCCUGUCAAUGACCACGCCAUGCUGUUCACCAGAUACGCCUUGUCCUAUCUCGAAGGCGGCAACGCGAAUCUUGGAGUUGUCGGAUAUGCUUUUGUCGGGGCGACGUGCAGCAACGACAGCGUCUCGCUUAUUGAGGAGUCCAGCGACCGUUUUGAAGGGACAACCGCCACAGCUGCCCACGAACUUGGCCAUAUUCUAGGAGCGGAACAUGACGGAUCUGGUAACAUUUGCUGGAAAGAUGAGAAGUUCUUGAUGUGGCCAAGUUUGACGUCCACCAACAUCUACCACGUAUGGGAAUUUUCCCACUGCUCCGUCACCUAUUUCAAGAUCCAUCUUGAAGCACUUGUAGACACUCAAGAAGGUUCCAAGUGUCUCGGUGAGGUCGCAGAAACUAAUGCAGAUGUUUUUGACGUUGCUGGUAAAAGGCAUGCCCAGGAUUUCACCAUCAAUGAGCAAUGUGAACUAGGCGUGGGAGCUGGGUCAACCAUCUGUCUUGGUCUGACACCAUUGGAAACAUUGUGUGGAUUAUUAUACUGUGAAAUACCUGGCUAUGCAGGCUACUGCCAGGGGAUAUAUCCAGCUCUUGGUACCCAGUGUGGAAGUGGGAAGUGGUGCCAGGGAGGGCAGUGUGUCGACACCAAUGAUACAUCCAUUACAUCAGAUAGUUGCCCCCUUGGUGAGACGGCGACCGUGUACGACACAGGACAAGAUUGUUUUUCAUACAUCGAGGACUAUGGCUCCAGCUCCUGUUACACAAUAAAAGGCCUUUGUUGCAGCACUUGUGAUGCUCGUAGUUCGGGUGUAGAUGGAUGCGAGUACGGUGACCGCUACACGUGGUGUGACAAAAAAGUUCUGCGACCCUAAGUUGAAUGAGACCAUGUCGGAUGGCACAGAGUACCAGGUAGUCUGCUGCCAAACCUGUGGAUGGACGGGCGACCUUUACCUUGACGAAAACCAUGCUGUGUCUUUGAAGGAAGGGAAUAUAUUUCACACCUGCAUAUUCUUCUUUCUGGCUUUGCAGUUUCUCCAUUUCGAAUUCUUGCCCUGAAAAUAUGGCUUGUGUUCAUUUUGAUUAUAAACUGUGAUAUAGUUGUGACAAGUUAUGACGCAAGGCCUUUCAUGUAUGUUUAAGGCCCUUGAUGUAUCUUUAAGGCCCUUCAUGUAUCUUUAAGGCGUUUCACUAAAAACAAAUCUGUGACAUCAUUCGUUUGGUUUAAGCAAUCCAUUACCGUUUCGGUUGCUCACAGAUUACUCCCUUCUAAAUUUUCAUGAACUUUCCUUUCAUUCAUAUACGCAAAGUAACGCCUUAUCCAAUUUUAUCGCCAUCUUUAUUUGUGCAAAUACUGACAAUACGUGCCCGCCAGCAAUCACAUGACAGAUUUGUAAACGCAGUCACGAAGCAGCUUUCAGACGCAUUGGACAACACCUCGUUAGGUGUGUUUAGUUUCAUGCCGAUUUUAACAACAUGUCAACAAUAUCACGUCGGAUGUAACCAGAAAUGGGUUUCACACAUUGUAUCCAUGUGGGGAAUCGAACCCAGGUCUUCGGCGUGGCAAACAAAGCCUACUAGGCUACCCCACCUCCCAACAAUACCUGAACAAAACAGAGAAGUAGCCCUUAUAAUGGCAACAGUUCUCUCCCAAACCACCUAUGCCUUUUUGCAGGAUUAUAUAUAUGAUAAAGUGAUUCCUUUACACUGUUUGGCUGAAGAGAGGCUGUACUGUUCCAGAACAAUUUACUGAGCAGAGUUGUAGCCCUUGGCCAUAUGACUUCCGGUUCUACUACUGGAGCUCACUGUGACUAGGAUCCUGAGUAUAUUGAAACAAUAUCAUGAUUGGUCGUUUUUUUUCAUUUCGUUACAUGUAUGUGAUAUGUGUUUCACAACGUAAUUUUCUUAGGAUAUAUAUUCAUGUGUUAUAAAUCUUAUUAUCGGCAAGAUAUUAAACUUUAUUUCAGUCUUA